AUGAGCUUUGUCAAGGACGUCUCGAGCGAUAUCUACGAUAAGACUGCCGGGAGAGUGCUGCGGAACCAGCUGGAAACCAUCAGGACGGGUGCCGCCGACUGCCACGCAAAUGCCAAGGAGAUCGACGACAACACCGACCCGGCGUAUGCCGAAAUCUUGACGGACAUGCCCUUUUUUACCCUCAUCAACGCGGUCCUCACCAAAAACAAAGACGGGGCCGUAGACUGGGAUAUGGCGGCGGGCACGGAUGGCACAUCGGGGACUAAGAGUGCUUAUGUCGCCCUUCGCCUGUUGGGAGAUGCCCAGCAUAGAUUUCUGCGGCUUGCAACCGCGGAGGAGCCCAGCCAGAGCUUGAAGGAGGCCUUGGAAACGGCCAUCGAGGUCGCUGCCGGUUUGCAAGACGAGGUCGACAAGUCGGUGGAUGCCGCUCAGAAAUUUCCCGAGGCGGGUUCUGAGGUCGUUACCAGGUGGCAGAGGAGCUUUACCGACGCAUACACCAAAGAAAUCUACCCGCCUGUCUGCGGUUGCUGGCAGCCUCCCGGGAAGCGCCCGUCACGGGUGAUUGAGCAGCAGCGCACGCUGGGCGACAUCCAAGCCGAAGUCAAGGAACUUGGCGGGACUAAGCGCGGACUUGAAGAGAUCAAGGCGAUAGUGGUCAGAUGCAUUGAGCUCAUAGUGGAGCCCAAGCAGCAGAUGAUGAAUCAGUGCACCGUUUUCUUUUCCAUCGACGGGACCGUCGAGAACGUCCUCAAGUACGCCGUUACGCCUUUUUUCAAGUAG